AUGCCAUUGGCAGAGAGAGAGAAGCAAAAUCAAACAACUAUUGCUGAGUUCAUACUCUUAGGAUUUGGAGACCUUAAUAAAUUGGAAUUUCUUCUUUUCUUACUCUUCCUAGCGAUCUACUUGGUGACCAUGGCUGGGAACCUCCUCAUUGUUUUGUUGGUUGUGACUGAUCGACAUCUUCACACCCCCAUGUAUUUCUUUCUAGGGAACCUCUCUUUCUUGGAAUGUUGCUACAGCUCAACAAUCCUGCCUAGAAUAUUAUCAAGUCUCUUGACUGGGGAAAAAAGUAUAUCCAUAAAAGCCUGCUUCGUGCAGUUUUAUAUAUUUGCUUGCCUCGGAGGUGCUGAAUGCUACUUCCUGUCUGUAAUGUCUUACGAUAGGUACCUAGCUGUAUGUAACCCAUUGCACUAUGCCAGUCUCAUGAAUGGUAGGUUAUGUCUACAGCUGGCAGCUGUGUCUUGGGGAAGUGGAGUUUUGGUGAGCACAAGUACAACCCUUUCAGUGUCUUCAUUGUCCUUCUGUGGCCCUAAUGAAAUUGAUCAUUACCUCUGUGAUUUGUCCCCAGUCAUCAAAGAAAUUUCAUGCAGCAACACAUAUGUUGUAGAAAUGACCGCAUUCAUCUUUGCCUGUGCGUUCACACUGCCUCCAUUUCUACUCACAUUAACAUCUUACAUUUUCAUCAUCGUCACAAUCCUACGAAUCCCUUCUGCUACUGGGAGGCAAAAGGCCUUCUCCACUUGCUCAUCCCACCUCACUGUGGUGGCUCUCUUUUAUGGAACACUGAUGCUGGUCUAUAUGCUCCCACGGUCCAGGGAUCUCAGAUAUGUGAAGAAAAUCUUCUCUCUUUUCUAUACAGUCCUGACCCCCAUGGUCAAUCCCCUCAUAUACAGCCUGAGAAAUAAGGAAGUGAAGGAAGCCAUGUGGAAAGGUUUUAGGAAGUUCACCAGCUUCAUGACAGAUCCAGUUUUUUAA